UUACUUCAUAUCAGUUGCUCGUAUGAUUAAAUUAGUUGCAUGCUAUACUUGUGUGAGAUCAGCCAAUGGUUGACAAGUGGAACGUGUUACAUGGUAGUAUUGGUAGAAACUAAAGUGCACAAACGAUCAAAGUCGACAGCAUAGUCUGGUUAAACCAAUCAUCAUUUUAAGCGGUGUCAAUCGUUUCUUCGUUUAAGGAUUAAACGUUUUCUGAAAAAGUUAAAACAAAAACCAAAAGAUGGCAACUUGGCAGAAUACACCAGGUGCAGGAUUUUAUGCAGGGCAUCAAGGUUAUCCUCCCCAAAAUCCUGGUUAUCCAUCUCAAGAAGGGUACCCUCCUGGAUAUCCACCUCCUUACGGAGGAAAUCCACCACCACCAGGUCCUGGUUUUAUUCCUCCAGGGGCACCUCCUUACGGACAAAUUCCACCAGGUGGUCCAAUAUUUGGUACAGGUCCACAAUCAGGCAUGUACGGGUCAAACUAUGAAGAAUCUAUGCAUUCUGAUGGCAUCAAAGGACUUGAGUUCAGUGAUAAAACCAUUAGAAAUGGAUUCAUCAGGAAGGUGUACAGUAUACUAAUGAUUCAGCUGCUGAUUACAGUAUCGAUGAUUGCGCUCUUCCUUUUCCAUGAACCUACUAGGAAAUAUGUUCGAUCUCAUCAAGAGCUAUUUUGGAUCUCCUUUGUAGCAACUCUUGUCCUGAUUAUAUGUAUGGCAUGUUGUACUAGUGUGAGACGAAAAGCCCCUAUGAAUUAUGUGUUUUUGUUGCUGUUUACAAUAGCAGAAAGUUUUCUGUUAGCUACUGCUGCUUCUACAUACAACUCUAAAGAGGUACUAUUGGCGAUUGGAAUUACUGCAGCUGUUUGUUUUGCAUUAACAUUAUUCGCAUUCCAAACGAAGUUUGACUUCACUGCUCUUAACACCAUUUUGUUUGUUGCAUUGAUCAUUUUCCUACUCUUUGGAAUAAUCGCAGCAAUAUGGCAUGGACCAAUUAUGACCUUAGUAUAUGCAUCAAUUGGGGCCCUUCUUUUCUCUAUUUAUUUGAUCUAUGAUACACAAAUGAUGAUUGGUGGUAAUCACAAGUAUUCGAUUUCUGCGGAAGAGUAUAUUUUUGCAGCACUAAGCCUUUAUAUAGAUAUCAUCAAUAUCUUCAUAUACAUUUUGACAAUUAUUGGCGCCUCACGAGAUUAAAUAUUGUAAAACACAUUAUUUUGUCGCUGGAUUAGUCUUUAAUGCAAAAUGCUUUUACUUACCAUUGUUCUAUUCUGACUCUCUUCCAUAGAGAGUAUGUUACAGAAAAGCAAUGGAAGGCAUUGAAGAAAAAGGUAUUGGCAGAGAAGUAUGAAUUUCUAUAAGAUAAUAGCAUAAUAGCUUUUACAUAAUUUCCAAAGUAUAUCAAAUACAGAGAUUACAGAGGAACAAAAUUAUUUUAAAGUUAAAACUCUAGUCUUAUAAGUGAAAUAAUUCCUAUUUUCACUGGGACAAGUAAGCCAAUCGUUAUAUGUAUAGUGAAAGGCAUAAAGUUAACAAAAAAUGCAAAUGCUCUGCUGACACAACUAAUCAUGAUGUUUUAUUUCAUCUUUGCU